AUGGAGAACUUCGAGUCAACUGAGGUUGCUAUUGUUGGGGCUGGCCCAGCUGGACUUACCUUGGCGCUAUCUCUCGCCAAAUUCCGCAUCCGUUCUGUUAUCUUAGAAAAGACCCAAGAAAUUACGAAAGACCCACGCGGUGUAUAUCUGACUGGCGAUGCCGUGAGAAUUUUACACGCCCUGGGCUUGGGCGAUCGGCUUCCAUAUAUUGGACAUCAGGUGGACAAAGUCCAUUUUCACCAAACAUCAUUUAGUUCCAAACCAUUUUUUUCUUUAAAAGUGGGCGAGUCAAAUUCGCUUGAGCAGGUAGUGCCUGAGGGGCUCCUCCAAAUACAGCCUAGACUAGAAAGAGUUCUGAGAAGCCAAGUACAAAAGUCCCCUUGGUGUAUACUCCGUACGGGAUGUACCGUGACAUCGCGGCUGCUGGAUGACCCUCCGACAAUCGAGUACGUAGACCAGGACGAUGUGAUAUAUCGCCUAACCUGUCAGUGGUUAGUUGGGGCAGACGGCAAGGUGGGUGUCGUCAGGAAGCACUUCCUCGAGACAUCUGCAGGCAUCAAGCAGGAAACUGGGACAUAUCCGUACGAUGGAACUUGGGUGGCGGCAAAUUUGAAGAUAUCUCUACCGACUCGAGAGAGCCAUCCCGAUUUUCCACUAUGGAGCCUUGGAUACAAGCCAAAUGACAUAUAUGAUUUAUAUUGGCCGAAAGGUUGGCACUUUUGCAGCCCACCGGGCAAGGCGACAGCGGCUGGAAGAUUCGGACCGCAUGAGGAACGGCUAUGGCGCCACGAAUUUCGGCAAAACGAUAUUGAUGAUACAACAAAGGUCGAAGAGCUUCUCUGGGAACAUAUUACACCAAUGAUUACCCGUGACCGAGACAACACAAGCUGCAAAUGGUCGACGCCAGUGACUUAUCCCCUCGAUUGUAUAACGGUUCUUCGCUGCCGGCCCUACAGAUUCACUCAUAAAGUGGUCAAUAGAUGGUUCGACAAGCGCACCAUUGUUAUUGGCGAUGCUGCACACGUCUUCCCUCCAUUCGCUGGCCAAGGCAUAGCAAGCGGUUUGCGUGAUGCACAUCAACUAGCGUGGCGACUUUCUUUGCUAGUAUCUCAUGACGGCUGCAACACCAAAGACAUCAGCUUGUCUCAAGACCUUCUCAGUUCUUGGGCAUUGGAACGGAGAAAAAGUGUCGACGAUGCCGCCUUUUUUUCCAUGCUCAAUGGCAGGUUAUGUAACCAACCAACCCCGUUAUGGGCCUCUCUAGCCCUCAAAUUUAAGAUGUUUCUAGAUUGGUCUGAACUCUUUCCGCGCAAAUUAGACCCGCAGAAUCAGAAGGAACGAAAAGGCUUUUCUGAUGUUGGAGGAGCAUUCCUUGAAAAGGCGUAUAAUGGAGGUGGCCGCAUGGCGCAAAUUUAUAUGUGGUCGACACUCAGUCGAACGCUGGUUCUCUCCGACACUCUUCUGGGGAGAUCACCGAGUGCAUUCACACUUAUUAUAGUGGCUACGAGUGAAGAUUCUCAAAGGUUCUACGACGAGGCCAAGUCUGCUGUCCUAAACUCCUCCAUUGACGCAUCUAUAUUAUCAGAAGACUCUAUAAGACUAGUGAACUCUGAAGUGCGAGCGUCCAGGGACUGCACGGUACAAGGAGGAUCGGAUAAAUUGGAGGUAUUCUAUCCAUUUGUCCCCGAUCAAACCAUUCUUCACAGCUCUACCGGCAAUUACAACGCGGGUGCAUACAUUGAUCGCCUUGGUCGAUUCACUAGAUUCGCAAUUGUUCGGGCGGAUCUUUUCAUCUUUUCUUGUGCUAAUUCUACACUGGAACUGAUUGACUGUUUGCGCCUUUUGCGGGCCAGACUCGAGCAUAGAAUCGGGUAA